AUGAAUCUCUCCAUGAGGCUUGGGAGAGGUUCAAAGAUCUCAUCAGGAAAUGUCCACAUCAUGGUAUUGAAAAGUGCAAACGAGGCGUAUGAUCUGCUCGAAGAAAUGGUUAUGAAUAACCAACAAUGGCCAACUGAAAGAAGCCAAACGAAGAAGGUUGCUGGUAUGCACAAGGUAGACGCCAUCGCCAAGUUGACAGCCCAAGUGGAUGCCUUGACGAAGUUGAUGACUGCUCAGGUGAAACAGGCUCAAGUUGCUUGUGAGCUCUGUGGGGGUCCUCACACAUAUGACCAAUGUCUGGUGGAUUUGAAUAGUUUUCCAAUGGAUCAAGUAAAGUCCAUUGGGAACUAUUCUCAAAAUAAUAAUUAUGGGCACAAGCAACAGGGGUUCUAUCAACAGAGAAAUCAGCCCCAACAAAACCAACAACAGCCGCAACAACAAAAUCCUUGUGGAGGCUUAAAUAUCCAAAUUGACUUAUUUCUCCUAUUCAUGAUGGAGACUAGAGCCUCUCUUAAAACUCUAGAAACUCAGAUGGAACAAUUGGCUACUCAAGUGGCAAAACAAGUUCAAGGAAAUUCACCUAGCAUUAGUAAGAGUUAUGAGGGACCUAGUGGCAAGCAACCAGUUGAAGAUGGGGUUCAGGAUCAACAAGCACAGACACAGGCACCAAAGGAAAAGAAGACUGUUGAGGGUCUUGCACCGAAAGAAGCAUCACCUCCGAUCAGCAUAGAUCACCAUAUUAAAAUUCCUUACCCUCAAAGACUCCGCAAGAACAGCCUCGACAAGAAGUUUUCAAAAUUUCUUGAAAUAUUUAGGAAGCUGCACAUUAACAUUCCAUUUGUGGAAGCCUUGGAGCAAAUGCCAACUUACAUGAAGUUCAUGAAAGAAAUUUUAGCUAAGAAAAUGAAGUUGGAAGAAUUUGAGACAGUGAACUCUAAAAUUAACAACAUUGGAGGUCAAUUUUCUUCAUUUGGUACAAGGACACUAUUGGAUGCAAGAGGUGGACUUGAUCCAAGUUGA